AUGAUAUGGUGUGAUUCUAGGAUUGUGCACGGACCGUUUGCCCUCACGCCGAGGCGACUGGGUUCCCCACCAUCGCGAAAGGUGCGUGGCUCGGAGGUGCGGAAGCCAUCCGCCGCUGCCAAGAACUCUUCCGUUCGGCAACCAGCCAAGGCGUCGGCUCCCUGCAAAGAGCCAGCCGAGAAGCAAGAAGCCGGGCAGCAAAAGCAGGCAGAAUCCCAGCAUGUGGCUGGGGCACAAGAGCAGCAGAGCAAGGUCGGGCGCAAGCGACCCAUCAUCUGCUACUCUCUGCCGCUGAUGGGCCAUGUGACCCCGAUCCUGAGCAUUUGCAAUGCAUUGCGGAGCAAGGGCCACAAGGUCCUCUUCGUCAGCUCCGUGGGGCUCAGAAAGAAGUUGGAGGACAGGUGCAGGAGGCAGGGCUUCACAUUCCGUCCACUCGAGGACGGAAUGACCGAGGAGGAGGUCGCAUCCAUACAUCCGGCAGCAGGCCCGACCUUCAAGGACUUCACAGAGAAGCACGGCCCGCUCCUCGCCGAACUCAUCCGCGCAGAAGAGCCCAUCGUCGUCGUGGCGGACUUCGCCAGUGGCGCUGGCCUCCUUCAGGCACCGAAGAUGAAGGUGCCACUGGUCAUCAAUGUGCCGAUGCCUGCCAGCUUACUGAAGAAUGUGCUCUUGCUGACCAACCCUUUCAUCAGCGCUUUCGCGAGAAGAUGGCACAGUGGGGACAGGUUUGCCAUCGAGUACCUGAGUAAUAUCGGGAUGCCAGCAGUGAAGUCCGCGAUCAGCAUUGUGAACAGCUCGCCUGCUGUGGAGCUGACGGGAAAGACAUCACUGUGUGGGUGCCGCCGGCCGGCUCGCUCUGCAAGUGCCGGCUUGAAGCAUCAGUUUGAAGGGGGGCGCCCAGCCUCUUGGAAGGAAGGGAAGCCAGGGAAGCAGGAACCCGUUUCCCUGCCACCGAACGUCUUCGUCUCCGGGCCUUUGGAUGGCUUCACUCCGAAGCCACUGCUGGAAAAGGCAGCGAACCAUGCGUAUGUUUUGAGAUUCUUGAAGACAAGCAACUCUGCCAAGCCUCUGUUCUACAUCACAACCGGGACUCUACUGGACCUGUCUGAGGCCCAGGUGCUGGCCCUCUACAAUGGCUUUGCCUUGAGAGAUGUGCGAGUGAUCUGGUCUCUAAAGGAAAGCAAGCGAAGCUUCCUUCCAGAGUCUGUCUCCGAAAACUUUGUGAUCCACCACUGGAUGCCGCAAGUGGAGAUCCUCUCCAUUCCGGAGCUCACAGCUGUCUUGACCCACUGCGGAUGGGGCGGCUCCCUCGAGUGCAUGAUGGCCGGUAAGCCGGUGAUUUGCUUUCCUGGCUUUGGCGACCAAAAGCAAAAUGCACGCAUCCUCCUCCAGAAGGGCUGCGGCACGUUGCUCAAGCCUGCCACUCUGACAGCAGAGACCGUUGCAGAUGCGGUGGACGAUGUACUGAUGAAGCUGGAGACCUACAGGGAAAAUGCGAGGCGUGUUUCCGACGAGCUUCGGAAAAGCCCGGGCCCACAGGCAGUGGUGGAAGUGAUCGAGAAGGCUUCGAAGCAGGAGCCUCUCUCUGAAAAUGAGGACUCCGCGCCAGCCACGCCGGCUUGCGUGGUCAGCUAA